UGAAAUAAUUUCUACAUUUACUGAUAAGAGUAUAAUUUACAAGCGUUGAUUAGAUAAAUAGCGUAAAAAGUCUCAAUAAAACACUUUAUAAAAAAAAGAAAGGGAGGAUACUUAUACUUGAGAUGAUUACACCAAAACCUUAAAUUGUUUCUCUUUCUUACUCAUUCUCUCUCUCUCUCUUGAAUUAACAUUUAUUUUCACCCAUUUCCUUUCAAAAUCAAAAUCAAACACAAAAUCACCCUUUGAUCUCUCUCACUUUCUCUCUCCUCACCCCUUGAUAUAUUCUCCCCUUCUCAUCCCACAAAAAAACACACAUUCAUUUUCAACUCCUAAACACAUUCAUUUUCACUCUCUCUCUCUCUCUCAAAUCCCAAAUCCCAAAUGAGCCAUUUCUCCUUAAACCUCCCUUCAUCCGAUACACUCUGGUACACCCCAACUACAAUGGACCACCACCACCACCAAAAACCCCUCCCCUUCUUCUACCACUCCUCCCUUUCACUCUCAUCAAAACUCGACGAUGUCGAUUCCGAUAACAACAGCACCUCCACCGCCACCGCCGCCAUUGACCGAUCCGAAACAACCUCCUCCUCCCCUUCCUCCGCCGACCAAGAAUACAUGUUCGAAAAACCCUUAACCCCUUCCGACGUCGGUAAAUUAAACCGUCUCGUCAUCCCGAAACAGCACGCUGAAAAAUACUUCCCCCUCGCCAACGCCACCGCCGUCGCAGAUUCUUCCGGAGAUAAAACCACCGGCGCCGUCGCAGGCGGCGGCGGUGUCCUACUAGGGUUCGAAGAUGAGUCUGGAAAGUGCUGGAAGUUUCGGUACUCUUACUGGAAUAGUAGUCAAAGCUAUGUGUUGACUAAAGGUUGGAGUCGUUACGUUAAAGAGAAGAAACUUGACGCCGGUGACGUCGUUUUGUUUCAGCGUCAUCGCUUUGAAUCCGACCGCUUUUUUAUCGGUUGGCGACGGCGCGGUUCCGCCCCGUCGCCUCAUCACCAUCAUCCGGCACAAACUAAUAAUCCAAUUCGUUACAACAACCAUCAGAGUAACUAUAGCGUUGCGCCGUCGCACGGUUAUAAUAAUGGUGCGACUCAUCAACACCAAAUUGCCUCAUUUCCGUCUUACCGUCCUGACUCUCUUCAUGCAGGGACAGAAGUUAGGCAAAAGGGAAGAAAAUCAGGCGGUGGUAAUUCAAAAAGGGUGAGAUUAUUUGGGGUUAAUUUAGAAUGCCAAAUUGAUGAUGAUUUAGAAGAAGAUGAAGAGCCUCAAACUUCUGAUGGCUCAUCUUUAUCUAGCCAAGGUCAAGCUCAACUUCAUCCAGGUUCCGGUUUCGGUUCAGGUUAUGGCGCGACGGGCCCUACCACCUACAAUUACUUUGACUACAUGGGUUAUCAACCUAAUCAACAUUACCCUUCUCACAUGGACAUGAAUUUCCCUCAAGAUGUCAACCAAAUGAGUAAUAAUCGGCUAAGAUAAGAUCACAAGAUGUGACGUGCCCUCUAUCCAACCCCCCAACUUGCUAGAGGUCAAACUUACUACACCAACAUUACAUUAAACCCAAAAAGAUUGGGGGGAUAAUUUAUUUUUUGGUGUAAAGAGAGCCGUAGAGUCUUACAAGGCACUGAUGUAAACAAAAUUUAAUCCCGGGAUUUUGAAAAGCACCCCAAAACCGAGGAAGGGUGAUGACAUGUUUAAUUACUGUAUGAUGAAACUAAAUGAGGGGGUAGAAAAUCCCAUAAUUUCAGGCAUUAUUCUCUCAUACAGUAUUAUAUUUAUAUUCUACCAAAAAUCAAUUAAAAAUGAUGUACAACUGGUAGUAGUGCUCAUGAUUUAAGUCUGAAAAAGAGAGUCCCAAAGGCAAAGGAAUGGAGGAGAAAUAGACAGCACAGGUGAGGUGAAGAGGUAUGGCAACCCAAAUGUGGGCCCUACAUUUGUGUUUUUUGGGUAUUUGGGCUGUUAUAAGUACAAUUUGCCCAUUUCCCACACGUGGCAUUUUGGGUCAAUACCUUCCAAAGAAUCUAUUUGGCUGAUGACAGAAAAGUCAGAUAUUUACAUAUUCUAUGCUCUCCAAAUUAUUAUUAUUAUUAUUAUUAUUAUUAUUAUUAUUAUUAUUAAGGAGAUGAAAAAAAAAAUGGAGAGAAUAUUUCAGGCCCAAAAAAAAUUGUUACAAGGCCCUUUAUUUAGUUUCUAACCUGAUCUAGUUAGUGAGAAGUCUUGAGAACUGAGAAGAGAUGUAAUCUUGUAGAUUCACUUUGUUCUUGUUUUUAUAAUAACAUUGUUUUUAUUAAUUUUUGUUGAU